AUGCCACCUAGAAAAACUCAACUGAAACUCAACAUAGAUGCUGCCUGGAUUUCUGUUAAUUUGCCUGCAGGUUUUUCUUUAAUUCUUAGGAAUGAUGCAAGAGGAUUUGAACAAGGAAGAGCAGGUUCCUUCACAACAGCUACCCCUGAAGAAGCGGAAGCCUUAGGAAUGUUGCAGGGAGCAAAAUGGGCACUGGAAAAGGAAUGGUCCAAUUUCAGUGUUAAAGGAGAUUGCAAGAAUUUGGUUGACUAUCUGAAUGGGAAACCUACACAAAUGGAAUGGCGGAAUCAAGCAAUUAUAGAUGAAGUGAAGUGCGAAUUCAACAAAUGCACCAAUUUUUUGGUUUUUUUUUAUAUUCCUAGACUAGCUAAUCAAGCAGCUGACACUCUGACUAAAGAAGCAAAAACUUUUGGAAAAUUUGUAACUUGGGUUAAAUACCCACCUACUUGUAUCCUGCAAAACUUAGAAGUAGAUAAAUCUAAUGCAAAGGAUAAGCAACAUCAUUCUGCAUCAGAAAACUCUAUUAAUGAAGACGUAAGGGUUCCUAACUCCCCAAGUUAG